AGAGCGCGCGAACAAGUAGGCGGCAAACAGCAUCAGCUGCUGCAAAAUUCACUCGCCGAAUUCACGCCUUUCUGUUGUCUGUUUGCAACUCCUGCUGUUUGGUCUUUCAAUACGACCUGCAUCCGCAAAUUCAUCCCCGCGGAUUAGACGGAAUCUCUAUUUUAGAAAAAACUGGAUGAUAUUUGCUGCAAAAUGAGUGACGAGGAGAAAGAUAUCAAGCCCGAGAAGAAGCUGAUCACCAUCAAAGCCAUGGCCAUGAGUGACCAGUCUGUCAUUGUCUUCCAGACAAAACCUACAAACACUUUCAAGAAGCUCAUGGAAGCUUACGCCAAAAGACUGAACCUAGACCUGGAGUCUCUUAGAUUUCACUUCGAUGGUGUGCGAGUGAACAAGCAGAACACACCAGACGAGAUUGGAAUGACGGACGGCGACGUCCUCGAAGUGAAUGUGCACCAAGACGGAGGAGGACCCUCGCAAUGGGCCAAUUAGCUCUCGUCGGAAAAGUGCUUGCGCUUGCGAAAACGUACAAACAAUCGAUCUUCAAAUGAGCAUUUACGAUGCGUGGACUACAGCUCCUUCGAUGUUUUAGCUCUGUUUCUAAAGGCUUUCUACAAUAAGUUUCAAAAGUUCGCAAAUGACGUGAGACAACAGAGAAAUUAAUUAUGAGUGGUCA